UCCUGCUUCCGGCCUGGAGUAUAUAGAAUUUAAGCCUUCUCUCAGAAGUGUGUUGGUAGAGUUAAAAAAGAAGACAGCUAACCAAAGGUCAUCUGAAAUUGUGACUGGCUGAUAAUCCCAGGACAAAAUUAGAGAUCACUACUCAAGCAUAAGCCUCCACGAAGAUGUUUGAUUUAAAGGCUUGGGCUGAGUAUGUUGUGGAAUGGGCUGCAAAGGACCCAUAUGGCUUCCUUACAACAGUUAUUUUGGCUCUGACUUCAUUGUUUCUAGCAAGUGCUGUGCUGUCUUGGAAAUUGGCCAAGAUGAUUGAGGCCAGGGAAAAGGAGCAAAAGAAGAAACAAAAACAUCAAGAAAAUAUUGCAAAAGCUAAACGACUAAAAAAGGAUUGAAGGAAUGAACAGACUGUGUGUCCAGAGGAAAAUUGUUCGGAAAAUUAUGCAUCUUUGAAAGGACCCAUUAAGGUUUCUUUUUGGAUCUUAUGACAGUAUUACUAAACGAAGUCUGAGUCUAUGGAAGAAUCAUGUCAGUUCUCACCUGUACUGUAGCAGCUUUUCGGCUUCGGUAUAGAAGUCUGUUGACAGUUACUGUAAAUUGGCAUUUAUUAUGCUACAGAUUCUUUUAACUGACUUUCAUUUGCCUUUUUGCAGCUUAUGUAUGAAUACUAAAAUGAAGACAUCCUGUGAAGAAAAGUGACUUUAGAUUAUGAACUCUAUUCAAAUAAUGGCUUAAAAUGUGGUCCUGUUCUGGACAGAGGAGAUUAAGAAUGUAAAAAUCAAGAGUUGUUCUGAGCAGAAAAGCGUGGUUUGGCUUAAAAGAUACAUGGUGUAUUAAUUACAUCUCUUAUUGUUAUUAUUUCUUGGAAUAGAAUCAUUUCUCGUUUCCUCAAAGCAAAAUAAUAUUAUUCAAUGAGUACUUCUCUAUUUUCUGUAUUUUUCUUACUUUAGCUUUUGAGAUACUGGUAAUUACCAGAUAGUCUGCAUUUU